AUGGAGAAUACACUGGGUGAGGGGUCCACGGUAAACGCUUCCGUGGACGUGGACCAACAUGGCAAUGACAACAAUAGUGAUAGCAACGCUAAUGCAGCUGUGGCAGGGGUUGCCAAUACAGAUACUGCUGGUGAAGAAUCGCAGCAACAAGAUGAGUCUCUGAAGGAUGAAGCAACUGUUCCGAACACACGCGAUGCAGAAAGUGAGGCGAUAACGGUAACGGCAAAGCAGCAGCCGACUAUGCAAGCGAAUAAGCUAGAUUCCCAGGAAACACCUUCUACAGAAGAAAGCAGGGCCCAGAACGUCUUUGGCCAAGAUAAUGAGGAUAGUGAUAAUCUCUUUGGCGAAACCGAGAGUUCUGUUUCGAACAAUGAGGCAAACACUCCUAGUAUACCUACGAACCCGGUAGACAAUGAAAACAAUAAGCCUGCUAUUAAGGAAGACAGCACAAUACAGGAUUCAAAUGGUGACGUUAAAAACAUGGAGGACGUCAAAAUACAAAAAGAGGAAGAACCAGAGAAUAACACUGUUAUUGAAGGUGUCAAAGAAGAAAGUCAGCCAGAUGAGAACACAAAGGAAAUGGAUGAAGUGGAAGAAGAUGAUGAGGAUGACGAUCAACCGAUGAUUAGUCCUGAUAAUUCCAUUUUUGGAGACACAAAGAGUGAGUCUAAACAACUAGGCAACACUUCGUCGGUUGCUAAUACUCCAUCUGAAAUUCCAGAUGCGCAUAAAGCUGAACAGGAGGAUAUCAUAGAAAAGACGGAAAGUGUAGAUAAGAAGGUAGAUAGUGGCGAAGAGAGAAACGAACAGGAACGUGAAAUCAUGAACGAUCACUCCAAAAGUGCCAAUCCAAAGAAAACCACUAUCACCAGAGUAGAACCCGAAACUUUUGAGAUACCGCAAGCACAUGAAAUUGUUAUUCCAAGUUAUUCUAAAUGGUUCAAUCUAGAAAAAAUUCAUUCCAUUGAAGUUCAAUCGUUACCUGAAUUUUUCACCAAUAGGAUUCCAUCAAAGACACCUGAAGUUUACAUGAGAUACAGAAACUUCAUGGUAAAUUCUUACAGGCUGAACCCCAACGAAUAUUUCAGUGUCACUACGGCGAGGAGAAACGUCUCUGGUGAUGCUGCUGCAUUAUUCAGAUUGCAUAAAUUCUUAACAAAAUGGGGGCUAAUAAACUAUCAGGUUGACUCCAAACUAUUACCUAAGAACAUCGAACCCCCACUAACGUCUCAAUAUUCCACAAGGCAUGAUGCCCCCAGAGGACUAUUCCCAUUCGAAAGUUACAAACCAUCUGUACAACUGCCGGAUAUGGCAAAGCUUAAAAAAAUGAUGAACACUAGUGAUUCGGAGAGUACUUUAUAUAAAUAUUUGAAAGAAAGCAAAAGAAAAUAUGAUGAAAUAACUCACCCCCCCAGUACCACUGAUGAUGAAAAUGGUGACAAAAAUGAUAAUGGUGGUAAAAUGAACAAUGAAGUAAGUACGUCAACAAGCAUGACUGGUGAUGCCAAUCUAUUGGAAGAAGGCGAAACUUCACGUCCUCUGAAAAAAGUCAAAAUUCUAGAACAAAUUGAUGAAAAUUGGUCAAAAGAAGAUUUGCAAAAGCUAUUAAAGGGAAUACAAGAAUUCGGCGCUGACUGGUACAAAGUGGCCAAAAACGUUGGCAAUAAGUCGCCUGAACAGUGUAUCUUACGUUUCCUUCAAUUGCCCAUUGAAGAUAAAUUUUUAUACGGUGACGGCAAUGGCAAGGGUGAUAAUGACAACGGGUUAGGACCUUUGAAAUAUGCUCCUCACUUGCCAUUUUCGAAGAGCGAAAACCCCGUUUUAUCAACAAUAGCAUUCUUGGUGGGUUUGGUCAAUCCGAAGACUGUACAGUCGAUGACCCAGAGAGCCAUUCAGUCCGCAGAAUCAAUAAAAUCACAAAAAGAGGAAAUCUCUGACCAAAAGCCAAUUGAACAUAUUAAAGAAGGUUCAGAAAUUGCCAUAUCAUCAUUGGGUUAUAGGAGUCAUAUUUUCGCUACCAACGAGGAAAGGCAAAUGAAUUUUUUGACUAACGAGCUAAUAAGACUUCAAAUGGAAAAAUUGGACGCUAAAUUAAAUCAUUUAAAGAAACUAGAAAAAUUUAUGGAGCUAGAAAGGAAAACCCUAGAAAGACAACAGGAAAACUUACUAAUUCAGAGAUUGAACUUCAACCAAAACUCCAGCAAGAUUGUAAACGUUUUAAGCAAAUGCUUGAAUUUAAUAUCCGACAGCAAUAUCAAUAAUAGUUCAGUGGCGGAGAAGGAGGAAAUCAGGUCGCAGAUAGACCAUUUCAAAAGUAUGCUAUCGAAACCUGAAACUUUAAGUAUUGGAAAGAAUCCAUUUAACAAACCUAAUAUUGAAACAGGUGAAAACCAUAAUGGCCAAAGUAUAUCUAACGAGAAUGAUGUCAAACCCAUUUCUAUUGAAGCACCUCAAUUUUACAGGUAUUGGUCGGCAUAA